GUUCAGACGGAUUACCGCGGCGGGCUGGCUGAAAGACGAAUCACACCGUCGCUGUCGCUCGGUUUUUCCAGCAGCUGUGGCGGCGUGAGGGAGCCGUGAUGGCAUGUGUGGCACCGACGUUAACGGACAGCGUUCAACUUUACACUUGAGGACAACAAACCAGGCUGAGUCCCGAGAUUAUGUCCGGAGCUUGUCUUGCUGCUGUGGAGAAAAGUUUACCAGGAGUAGGCAUACAUUCACACCAGCGGCGGUAACAUGGCGGAGCGCAGCUCUUGCGAUGUCCUCAGCAUCCCGGUGCCCAUUCGUCGCGGUGGCUCGGAGUCCAACCUGGACGUGGUGGACAGUGUCGGCGAUGACGGAGUGGGCCUGGAUUUCACCAAGGGAGCGCUGGGUAUCGACAGCCUGCAGCAGAAGAUCCUCAAGGUGACGGAGCAGAUUAAGGUGGAGCAGACGGCUCGGGACCAGAACGUCGCCGAGUACCUGAAGCUUGUGAACAAUGCUGACAAGCAGCAGGUGUCACGAAUACGUCAGGUCUUUGAAAAGAAGAACCAGAAGUCGGCGCACUCCAUCGCCCGGCUGCAGAGGAAGCUGGAGCAGUACCACCGCCGCGUGAAGGACGGUGAGACCAACGGCAAACACAGCCACAAGGACGGCAGCAGCAAGGAGUCCGGGACACACAGUAAGGAGGGCAGCCUGCGUGACGUCAGCGCCACUGGACGGCACCCGGCGCUGGAUAAAGUGAAGACAAUCGGGCCCGGGGUGUCGCUCUCACCGCCGUUCUUCUUCAACAAGUCGCGGGAGUUUGCCAACCUCAUUAGGAACAAGUUCGGUAGCGCUGACAACAUCGCCCACCUCAAGAACUCCAUGGAGUCAGGGUCGGGGCUGCAGGUGGACGCUGGGGCGAGGGGUCUGAGCGGGAGCGCCACCACGGUAGCGAAGACGAGUAAGUACCACAGUGACGACGAGUGCUCCACGGGGACGUCCGCAUCCGCUGACUCAAACGGGAACCCGGCUGGGGGCUCCGGGGCUGGAUCUGGAGGUGCGGGGAGGUCGGACUCCAACGGACGGCUGGGGGAGGUGCUGGACAUGGUGCGGGAGAUCAGGGAGGCUCAGGCACAGCUGGCAGAGGACAUGGAGACUCUGAAUACACAGUUCAAACGAGAUUACAGCUACUUCACACAGAUGAUGCAGGAGGAGAGAUACAGGUAUGAGCGGUUGGAGGACCAGUUAAACGACUUGACGGAGCUCCACAUGCAUGAGACCAAUAAUCUGAAGCAGGAACUGGCCAGUAUCGAGGAGAAGGUGGCGUACCAGGCCUAUGAGAGGGCCAGAGACAUUCAGGAGGUCCUGGAGUCGUGCCAGACUCGUGUGUCUAAGCUGGAGCUCCAUCAGCAGCAGCAGCAGACGGUUCAGCUGGAAAACACCGACGCAAAGGUGCUGCUGGGGAAGUGCAUCAACAUCAUGCUUGCUAUCGUCACCGUGAUCCUCGUGUGCGUUUCCACGGCAGCCAAGUUCACCGCCCCGCUGCUGCGUAGCCGCCUCCACCUGGCACUUACCUGCGUGGGCGUGUCCGUGUUGGCGCUGCUGUGGAAGAACUGGGAACAUCUACCGUGCGCGCUGGAACGAUUGCUCCUCCCGCACUGAUGCACAAGAGCACAAGUGAGACCAGAAAACAUACGCCGACCCUGGAGUGAAAUUCUCUGCGAGGUGUGUUGUCAUGGCAACGCAAAAACACUGGGGAGGGAGUUUACAUGUAGCCUUACACCAGCCCCAGUUCCCCAGAGAUUUUGGGCCCCGCUGUGAUUUAUGGCUGUGCUUUGCAUGUCUAAAUGGGUCCACACAAAUACACAGCCUUUCCCAGAAUGCACCUCUACUGUAAUUCCAACACACAGAUGUAAGCUGAUAUAAAUAUAACUGUGACAAAGGCUGCAGGUGCAAACACACACACUUUGCACACACUGACAUUAAAGUGCAUCACUACAGUCCAAAGUAUCAGACCACUAAAAGAUCAAUCAGCUGGAAGUGAUCAGCCGCAUUAUUGGCUUUGUGACUCGUCACCUGCUCUCAUGUGGUCGUCAGAAGAUUCUGGAUCGCACCAACAACACGCGCUAAAAUCUAAAUAUAGAGAAUAUCGUUGGUGCAUGGAAAUACAGCGAUUAUUUCCUGCCCUUUAAAGGGAAGUGUAUCUGUGAUAGCACCACCUCACACCUCUAAACAAACACUCGCUGGCGGUUUGUGUCCAGUCGAGCAGCGUUGAGCCCGCACACAGUACGCCUCCUCGUACACCAGCCAGCUGUGACAACACAAAGACACAUCCACCUGAAGGGUGAUUGGUACUGGGUGUACUCAACUCUUCUGUAUUUAUGUGACGUUUCUUUCUUUCUUUCUUUCUUUCUUGUCAGUGUCUCAUUAAAAAGGACAUUUUUAAGCUGUUGUGUGUUUGUGUUUGUCUGAGUGUGUGUUCAUGUCAUGUACGCCUGCUUGUGUGUGUGUCUAAUGUGUUUAGGAAGUUGUUUCACAUUUUGUGAAAUGUUCAUUUUAUUGGUGAGAGGUUGGUGAGAACAUUAACGACUAGAGAUGCACCGAUUGAUCAGCUGGUGAACGAAAUCGGUAGAUUUUUAGCUUGCUCCACAUGGAGCUGACCCUGUGCCGAUCAAAUUUACUUGCACGCCCCCACACGAUGAUUCACGUCACAAACAGACUAUUGUCAGAAGUUGUAAUCCAUUCCCUCGCGCACUGCACAUGGUUUGAAAGCUGCGGUGUUAAACUAGCUAGCAGACUGGACUACGCUAAAACAUUUAGCGUAGUCCAGAGGGUAUAGCUCGAUGAAAACACAAAUAUGGAUGGUUUACCGUUUAGAUAACUAGCAGACCUCUGGGGUAGUUGACAAUAAGAUGUAAAGUUUCACAUAGACAAGCUAAUGCUGUUUAAUGUCAGUGCAGAGUUUCCCCCACAGUUAUUAUUUGUGGCCGCCAGCCAUUAUGUCUGCUGCCACGUUUGGAUUUUCUAUUUUUGGAGCUAGACCAUUCAUGAGGUGCGCUGUUGGAAUAUAUGUAGCUUUCCAAUACCAUUCUCAGAACGCAGAACGUUCUCUCGGAACAGAAGGAGCAGCAGAAUUGUUGGCGCUAUGAUAGUGAAACUUAACCAUUCAUUGUGCUGGGUCUAAAAGUCUGAUUUCCUCACCGCAUGUGUUCAGCCCCUACCGUAGUUUGCUAGUUAGGCUAGUUAGCUUUUGAACCAAGUAGGUCCAUGUGAUAAAUUUGGUAGUUGAUUCCAUUGCAGCAAAACGUUUCAAUGCCAGUGACUGAAAGGAAACGGUAAAGGCCCGAACGUACUCGGGCAGAAAGUACGCGGAACAGACUCUGUGGAGGUCCGCGCGGACUCAAAGCGGAUGUCCACAAGCCCUGUGCACGCAAAGCUCAGAUUUUACGACCGCACGGACUCUGCUCCGCGCACCAGUGACUGCUUGACAUGUAUUUUCCACAUUGCAAGGAUUUUUCAGACAUUUUUACAGGAAACUACAACGCGGAAGUGUGCUCGAUUGUGAAAGCCCGAAUGACUGCGGACAUUCCUCGCGGAGUCCGCUCCGCUUAGAAUACGCUGAGUACGUUCGGGCCUUAACGGUACUUGAGCUGAAAGGGAGCUGUUAAGUAAACGUGAUCUGAUCACACCUCCACAAUCCUGAGAAAUGGUUUGUGGAUGCUUAAUGAGACUCAUAUUUGAUACCACAUAUGAAUUAUUUCAGCAAAGUUUCCAGGGUUUUUAAGAAAAGUUCCAAGUAUGUUUGUGCAUGCUGUCGAUUAUAGCUCUUAGAAAGAGAGAGAAUUGGAGUUAGCAGGUCAGAAUUUUAGAGAAUCUGAAAUCAGAAUAGGCUGAGAAAAUGUCAAUCGGUGCAUCUCUACUAACAACGCUCAUGUCUACAUGAAGCUAGGUCAGGAGACGAUUAGCUUAGCUUAGCAUUAAGAUGGGAAACAAGGGGAAACAGCUAGCCUGGCUCUGUCAGACAGUAACAAACUCCACCUACCAGCUUCUGUAAAGCUCACUAAUCAACAUUCUACAUAUAUAUAUAUAUAUAUAUAUAUAUAUAUAUAUAUAUAUAUAUAUAUAUAUAUAUUGUUUGAUCUGUACAGAAAAUAUUGUGCAGGACUAUUUAUUGGGUGGAAUCUGCAUCAACUUGCUGCAACCUGCUGUAAACACACAAAGUCACAUGUUAAUCAGUGAGAGAGCCUUUGAGGUGCUCAUUGGUAGAUUUU